UCUGCACACGCUUGCAGGAGACGCAGCCGGCGGAGAUUAAAGGAAUGGAGAGGGGAGAGGAAGUCAGCUUGUAGAAGGCGAACCACAGACGCUGCCAAGAAGUGAUGAAGAAGAGUGAGAACAAAAAAAGACACACACACACACACACAACACUGAGAGAGGGUGUGAGCGAUCAUAGUACAGCAGGAGGUCUGAGCAGCAGCAGGGUCAUGUGGGAACCCCCCUCUGUUUUGAGAAGUUACACUGAAUUGGAUGUGCACGAUUUGCAGAAGCAAGACCACCCACCGACUUACACUCACCUCCACCGCCGCCCCUGCUUUAAGGAAGGCAGCGAGCAGAGAGUAGAAAGAGGAAGCAGCAUGUUGUCGAGCAGCUCUGAUCUUGGCGUUUCUCUAUUUCGUUACACCAAAUAAUGAUGUGCUUGUUGGAACGUUUCUCACUUGGGCUGCCUGCGACUGGAAGAGGAUUGUUCGCAUCAUGAGGACAAAUCAGUGCCGGACCGUCCUGCACGCGACCAUCUGGGCGGUGCUGCUCCUCACCUUCAGCGCUGACAGUAAAGACUCUGAAGCUGAGGAAUGCGUCGCAGGAAUUAAUGUUCGCCGCAACACAGUUUUCAAGGCCUUAGUUGGACAAGAACUCAGGAUUACCUGCACAGUUUUUUUCUGCAGCAGUUCAGCACCAACAGUCUCCUGGUUUAAAUUUGUGAAUGGUGUUCGGGUCCCUGUUAAUGUCAGCAGUAGAGGUCACAUUAAAACAAUGUGGGAACUGUCAACGAAGCAGGAAGGGAUGUCGUUUUUGAUCUUCCAGAACAUUCUCAGAAGCGACUCAGGUGUUUAUCAGUGUAGGGAUGGACGUGAUGUGAGUCACGGCAUCAAUGUUGUCGUCGAUGGUAAUAAUGAGACUACCAGUGUUACACCAACGCAUGGCACAAGUACGAUCAGUUUAUCUAACAGCUCAAAUUCUAAUGAUGACUCAUCAGAAGGCUUACUGAUCUAUGUGUACCUGGCUGCUGGGAUUGUCACGUUCGUCAUCAUCGUGAUAAUUAUAUCUGUCAUAUCGAUGCGAGGGUGUAAAGGGAAAUCAAAGAAGAAGACACAACCUGAAAAUCAAUACAUAGCGAUCCCCAUGGGCGAACAACCCCUCCGGUCCUCGCCGAGAGAAAGCCCCGCUGUGCCGCCGUCUCGGAGGUCUACCAAGAGAAAGGCGCCCAACGAGUCGACAUUAGCGAGAGACAAUGAGCAGGUGUGUGGCCAGAAGACAGUGGACAGAACGGGACAGAGGAACACAGCGGAGGAGGAGAGCAGCUCUGUUGUAUAUGCCGCCCUCAACCACCAGCGGCCGGCCAGGGCUGAUGCUCGGCCACGGAGGCUGGUGGAGGAAGGCUCGGAGUACGCAGCUAUCCGUGUGGCAUAAAGACCGGCUGGACUGAAUCACACUAGAAGAAUGUAAGACUGGUUUAUCCCCGCAUCAGGAGGAGCUCAGGAGGACAGUUAUGAGGAGAUGCAAUGAUCCUCUCACUGAGAGGAGUCAUCAUUUCUUCUACAUAAACUGCUUGUAUAUCGUGACAGACCCUCCAACCGAGUCCACCUGAGACCUCAGAGAUUGUUCCUGGAAUGUAAAAUGGUACAUGAGCACACAUGUAGAGGUGAUUAGACGUUGGAUUUUGGCAGAUUAGUAGGAAUACAUGCACUUCUGGUACACUGCAAUGCCAACCGGCGAUGCGUCGGUGCAGUUUGCUUUUCACUUCAGACAAAAUGGCACAUGCCAAAAGAAUCAACAACAAAAUACAACCUGCCUCAACAACACUGCAAACAGUACGGACGAACAAACACAUAUUUUUGGUUUUUGGUGCUCCUCAAAAUGAAGUUUCACCCAGCCCUAAAGCAAAAUCACCAAAAUGAUAAAAACUGGGAAUAAAAAUAGCAAUUCCUUUUUUAAAGCAGUUUUGGUAACUGGGGUUUCAUUUAGUCAACAUGUUGGUUCACUAGAUGGCCUGAAACAACAGGGGAAUGCGUAGAUUCCUGUCAAAAAGGGUCAUUCAGUUUCUAGUACGCGGACCGAUCGUGUUAAUUGUCAUCCCUCAAAGGCCUGUUCCGAGCCAGGACAAACUUUCAACUUUCCUCAAUGCUAAGCAGCCUUUCAUAACAUCCAUCCAGUGAUAAAUGUUUGAGUUAUUCAACAGAUAGAACAAGACGAAUGGCAAACUCAAACUCCCACGAUGCAUCCACAGCAGCCCAGAGAAGAAGUCUAAUCCGGCACAAUAAGUAAAAAAAAAAAAACACUUCCGUACGUGUAGCACAGCUGUUUAGGGCUUCUAGCAUUCGGAAAUCAGUGGCUUUUCAUGUUAAAUUUGAACAAAGCAAAGUAAAGAGGCUACAAUUGUUAUUCGCGUGUCGUGAGCAGCAGCUAGAAAAUUAGUUUGUAAGAUUUCCUGGUUUGCCUUCUCAAACUGUAAUAGACAGGAAAGGAACUGAAAUCGAGCUACUCAGUCCUCACACUGUUAUAAAUGCAUUUCUAUGAUUUUUUUUUUCUGAUUUGCGAUGUUGAAUGUUUUGCUUUAUGCCCUCACUGUAGGUUACAACUGAUGUUGCACAUCCGUGACUUGAAUUUACUCUCUAGCAUCAUCACAUCUGGUGACUGCAAUGGUUUCAUCCUUUAUUUAAUCAACUAUUGACUCAUUUCCUGCCUCCAUCAAAGAUCACUGAGCUUUUGUAAUUACUGAUUGUGAUUGUGUUGAGAAAUCGAGAAUGUGAUAUUAAUCAUUUUGUGCAAUUGAAUGACACAAUGUAUGUUUGUCUUUAAAUAAGAAUAUAUGACGCCAUCA